AUGACGCUCGAUGACGCGACGAACAAGGCGGUGAAGCAGAUCCUCAACAGGCUGAAUGACGCGCGUCAUCGUCUUCGUGCGUCGGUAGGCGUUGAUAUCGAGGACGACUUCGACGUGCUUGGGGAAGUCGCCAUGGACGCCGAUGCAUCCCGCAAGGAAGAGUCAAUGUGGACUCUUAGUACGGAUUUGCCUCGUGUCAUGAAAAGCUUGCGUCGGAAGAAGCUCUUUAUGGCCUGUUUACGUUCGUGCUCGGCUGUGCGACGCAUGGCAGACACAACCUGA